AUGGGCGUGAGCACUGCUGACUUGUCCGCGCCAACCCGCUCCGGCAACCUCUCGGGGUGCAUGGCCGUGGCCUCCUCCUCCUCCGCCACUACGUGGCCGCGCGCAGAAAAGAACCGCGGCGCCGCCGGCGCCGUUCGACGCGCGCAGCUCGUUCUGUCGCGCGACGCCGGCUGGUGCGGGCUACGCGCGUGGCGGCGGCUGCUCAGGCGGCUGGCGCAGGAGACCAAGUGCAUCUGCAGCUCCCCGACGGCGGCCACGGGCAGGCCCAUCACGUUCGGCUACGACGCCGCCAGCUACGCCAAGAACUUCGACGACGGCCGCAUCACCGCGCCGCGCCGCGCCGCCCCCGUCGUCGCCGCCGCCAAUGGCGCCGAUAAUUCGAGCGGCAACUGAGCCAGAUCGUCGUUCUGU